UUGUGCGCGUAAAAUGAUUAGCGAUAGGUUAGUGUGACAUUACAGGUGGAUAAAGGACGAUGUAAUGGUUCAAACAGUCGGACUGGAAACAUGGAAGUUUGUUUUCUACGCGGUCUCCUCUUCGUCGUCCUGGCGGCUGUGACAUUAGGAGACGAUGGACAGGUGACGUUCGUAUCAGAGCUGUCAUCCAAACCAGCUCAGAAGUUGUCAAAGUAUGGUUGGUACGGCAACGUGAGGCUGCAGAGGUUUCAUAUACCAGAGGAGACCGCCAUCGCUCGCUGGCUGUUCUCCGUCACCAAGGGCCACAACUUCAACUGUGGACAGCACAAUGUCACCAUCCACAUUCGAUGGGGUGCCCCUCCAGUUAUAAAUCCGAAAGGCUCAGUAUUUCCUAAUGCAACGCUCUGGGUCCCCAGCCUGUCUCUGACCCUACCGGUAACAUCACACAGCUCCACAACCUUUAACCUCUCCAACCCUGCUCCUGGUGAUUGGUACAUUGCAGCACACCUGCCUGAAGAUGACGGGCGCAUAGAGCAGAAGGGUUUUCCGUCCUGCUCGUAUUUCUUCCAACCUCAGCUAUCAAUCAGGAGAGCGGUGGACACACCCAUUUUACAGCAGGGCACUGUCCUCCAACAGACUGCAACCCCGGACAGACCUGCACGCCUUAAGUUGUAUGUUCCAGAGUUUGCCUCUUCUCUCUCCGUCUCUGUGGCUGACUGUUCGUCAGGGGAGGGAGCCGACAGUGGAAACUGUUCGCUGGUCCUCAGGCUCGGCUCCUCCUCUCUGCAGCAGGGCGCAGUAACAGUGAACUGCUCAGGGAUUGGCUGCUCUGCAACGCUCUCUAACUCACCUUGGGACACAUGGUUACGAGUUGUUGUUGAGAGCAGCCAAGACAACCGUACUGUAACCUUUAGUAUCGUCUCAAACUACACAGUUGGAUGUAAGCCACAAAGUGUAGGCCUUAAAGCAGAUGAUGACAUUAACAAGCUCCGUGGCAACAGCAGUGGCAACACCAACUCAACAUCAGCAGGCAACAGCUCACUGGGCACAGACGCAGUCGCCUUUAACGAGUCAGCAUCACUGCUAACGCCAAUGUCGGCGUGCGUGUGGAGCAUCCCUGUGCUCUAUGAGGAGGUGGACGUUCUGUCUCUACGAUUCACCCCCGUGAACGGACCCAACGUCAGUGUUACCAAUACACACCCCACACUGCUCACCUACCCCCUUUACACACAAGCCACUGGUGGUACUCUCAACCUGCAGCUCACACUCAACACUACUAAUGUAAACCUGGGGAACAGCAGCAGUGUGGUGGCCUGUCUCACUCAAUGGGCUCCAGUCCUCGAGCUCAACCGCUCUCAGCCCUGUCGCACAGUCAACAUUAUGAUGAUGUCUGCAGGUUUGUUUGGGGGAUAUGGUGUUCAUGUGAAUGCCAGUGCUCCUAAGGCUGUGGUCAGGCUGCCGUUCCCUCAGUCAACAACAUGGUACCUCACCCUGCAGCUCACCUGCAACAGCAGUGACUGUGGUAAUGCGUCCGUGGUGUCUGUGGUCCCAGAGGUGUUUGUCAGUGCCUGUGUAGAGGACUGUGGGACAUAUGGUGAAUGUAGACUACUGAGAUCCUACAGCUACCUGUACAGUGCCUGUGUCUGCAAGGCUGGCUGGAGUGGUUGGGGCUGCACUGAUGAUUCCACCGCACAGUCAUACAGUCACCAGUUGACGGCCUCUCUAUUGCUCACCAUCAGUAACCUGUUCUUCCUGCCUGCCAUCGUGGUGGCCGUCAAACGCUGCUACAUCACCGAGGCGUCCGUCUACCUCUUUACAAUGUUCUUCUCCACGUUCUACCAUGCAUGUGACCAGCCGGGUGUGGCCGUACUGUGUAUAAUGGACUACGACACCCUGCAGUACUGUGACUUCCUGGGGUCUGUCUGUUCCAUCUGGGUCACCAUCCUGUGCAUGGCUCGCAUCAGAGACACGUUCAAAUAUACUCUGUUUAUCCUCGGGGCUCUGCUGAUUGCCAUGUCAAUGCAACUGGACCGCAAAGGCCUGUGGAACCUGCUGGGCCCCAUCCUCUGUGCGCUGCUGAUCAUGGUCGCUACAUGGGUAUAUCGAGGGGUGCGGCGUCGACAUUGUUACCCACCUUCUUGGAAGCGCUGGGUCUUGUACCUGAUGCCCGGGGCACUCUGUGCUCUGAUCGGGGUAUGCUUGUACAUUUUUGCAGAGACAGAGGACAACUACUACUACAUACACUCGCUGUGGCAUGUCCUGGUGGCCACCUGCGUGGUGUUCCUGCUGCCGCCAAAGGAGAAGGACAGGGAGGCGCUGGGCUGGAGCAGGGGCUGGAAGUGGAGCCUGAGCUGGAGACCCCGGGUUUGUGGGUACACUCUCUGUGAGAGCGGCAAGGAUGAACUUUACACUGUCACGUAGUGGGAUAAGAGAUGGUGUAAGGAAGCAAAGUGACUUGGUAUUGAUUGUUAGACAGUAUAAGCACUGCACACACAAGGUGUUGACAACAUUUUACUUGGUCUUUCAGACUCUGACUCUUUGAAGUUUCUUAAUAUGUUGAGUAACACAUUUUAAAAUCAAAUAUAGACCUAUAUUCUCAUAGGUCUACAGUUUUCAUAUUCACAUUCACUUCAGGCGUGAAACUGUUCUUAUAUUUGGAUUAAAAAGAUCUCCAAAAGUCGUCAAUGAAAUAAACUUGUGGACAUCCUAAAAUACACACACACACACAUGCGCGCACACACGCACACACACACACACACACACACACACGCACGCACACACACUCACUCCCAUUUAACCCAAAUCGAACCUGCUGAAACCUCCAAGGUGGUCCUUUGCACCAGCUUAGGUAUAAACAUCAAAACCUUCAGGUAGCAGACCACCUGACCUUUGACCUCAUGACCAGUAGUUUGUACAUAUUGUGUAUGUACAUAAGUUACUAGGCUAGGAAAUGAAUGUUCAAAAAUAUUUAUAAGGAAUAGCACUUUGUGGACUAUUUAAAUCUUUUCUACUCAGUCUAUCACUCACUCUACUGAUAGAAUAUGCUAUAUUUAUAGUUGAUGUAAACGCUCCUCACUCUUGUAUCCUCCUCAAGUCUUUUAAAAUAGUUUGACAAAACCGUCUCAACUCCAGAUCCACCUACUAGCUUUUCCCAGAGCUUUCAAAUCAUAUCAUGUGGUCUUCAUCCAUUAGCUUUUUAUCUUCAGACUACAUCAUUGCAAGACAGCGAGUAAAAUAUUUAAUAGGAACCAUUUAAAACGAGUAAACUGUUCUUUUGCCAAAGUCUAAUCAACCCCAUUAAUGAUGCCUUCCCUUGAUGUUUCCAUCAGCUGCUCAGUUUUCCUCCAUGUUUGAGGUUAUGUUCAUUCACAGACCUACAUGCAGCUUGUGUUGAGACUGCAUGACGGUGUCCUGUCUUGUGUCUCUCUGCUGUGUUGUGAUCCUGUCUGUUUCUUCUUCUCUCCCUCUAAAACCUUAAUCUUACUUUGUACCAGCAUUCAGUCUGAAGCACUUUUAUGAUAAGAAAGUUAAUUCCACUAUGUAAUGUACAUAGCCCAUAUGUGUAUGAAUGGGCACUUGCUGAAUGUAUAGUCAGAUUACUGUGUCCAGUGCCUCCUGUAUGUACUGUAUGAGAAUGUGUGUGUUUCCUCUCUUACAUACUUUCCAUACUUAAUUUGAUCUAAGACGCAGUUUAUGUUUUGUCCAUUUUCACUGUGAUGAUUUCCUCCAUUGUGACUUUGCACAUGUUUCAAGUCGAACGUUUAAACGUUUGACUGUCACGCUUGUAUAGCCUUCCUCUCAUGGUUCGAAACAUUGUUUUUCUCGUGUGUGUGAGGGUGUAAAUAAUUUAAUUUUGUUGUCAUAUUUAAGCAGGACUAUGAAAAGGCAGUCUACCACCUAAACAUACUAUAGCUCUCAUAGCGUGUAAGGAUGAAGCAAUGUAAUGCUCGAUGUAAAAUAUGAUUUUACUUCCUUGUACUGGACAAUUACUUUUCAAUCAGUUAAAAAUCCAAACAGCAUUUAGCCU